UGUACUGACACUUAAAAAAUGGGUCGAACUCGUAAGGCUCAAGCGGCUAGCGAGGCUGACGUCCGAAACGACCGGUCGUUUAAUCGCUGUAGUGGAUCGCGGUUACGUGUGCGGCGUGGGUCGAGUCUGACUGAUUUGGAUAAGCUUCGGUGUAGUACUGGGUCUAGCGGGGGCGGGUCGAUUGGCGAUUUGAUGAACAUGUUUAGUGGUAGUGCUACGUCUAUAGGCAGUGAUAGUUUGGUAGCAAGGACCGUUCCUCUGGAGACUGUUAGAAGGAAUAUACCGCCAAUGUCAACGCCGCCCCCGCGUCCGCCACCCUCCCCGCUCAUACACACGUCCCGACCUGUGGGCCCGCUAACCAUGGCUCAAAGGACUCUGCGGUUCAGUAGGCUGUUAAAGUACCAGCCCUGUUCGACUGAUGUGGCCAUUGUUUUGAAAAUUUGCUUUGACUUUGAGUAA